AUGUUCUCCCAGCAGUCAAAGCACCCAAAGGAAGCCAACUCCAUAUUCGACAAAGUUGAAAGGCGAUUCAAAGAGGAGACUAUCAAGGGAAGCAAAUCAAUAUUUCUGUUCAACAUGAAACGACAACUCUCCCUGCAGAAGGAGGCUCUGGGGAUGGAAGUUGGGUACACGUCUAAGAUAUCCGAAGUGUACGAGGUCUUCCGAUCCAGCUAUACAGACUUCCAUCCCAACUGCACAGUCGCACACGAAGACGAAAGAGCUGCGUAUCACAUCCAGACAGCAUGUUUGGUGUUGGCGGCUUAUAGAGUACUGACCGAGCAAAUCAACUUAGACCCAGAAAAAUCAGUGGAGAUUAUCAACAAAUGCAUGGGAGACUCUGAUUCCUGGGGUGAGAGGGUCAUACAGGGAGCUCUCAUGAUGAUUAGCCGAAUCAUCCAGUACCGCGUUGACCUGUACGACAUGCUGUGUGAAACGUCUGAGAGGAUGAAGAAUCUUGACAUGGGGAAGUUGUUCGUCACGGAGAGCACGAGUAGUGAUAGUGAACAUGUGACGACCGUGACCACAUGCUUCUACCACAAGUUCUUCACGGGGAACAACGAGGCACAUCUUACCGCUGCCAUCUUCUGCCCUGCCGAGGGCAAGUUGUUCGAAAAGGCCACAGGGCACACGCUCUCUGAUUUAGGUCUCCUGCCUUGUUCUUGUUCUUGCGGGAUGUCUUAG